AUGGCUCAUGCUGUCGUUGGAGUCCCAUUAGACUUUUCGUAUCUCCUGUUUGGAGUUUUCAUGACCUUUGCAGACUCCAGCUUCCCUGGCCCUCUUCCUUUUGGUCCUUUUGUCACCCAAUUGAUUCUCCGCCUGGGGAUUUCCAUUUACCCUUUUCGGACGGAGCAGCCUUCCUGGUUCUUUCUUAUUGACCAAGUUCUUGAAGAACUCGAGAUUGCAAACGAGGGGGAGAUAAAUGUUGCUGCUGAAGAUGUUAAUCCUGAAGGCGAUGAUGAUCCUGAAGAAGAAGCUUUUGAAGAAGAAGCUGAGGGAGAAGGCCUGUUAACAAUGUUGAUGAUCAGUUUGAAGUUGACGAUGAUCAGUUUGAAGCUGCCUUCAUCUAUGGCUCUGCAAGACUUGUGGAUUACAGUUCAGAUGAAUCCCUUGAUGUCUGAUCUAGGGGGAGCAUAG